CAGGAAACUUUUCCUCGUGUUGCUCCGCUGCUCGCUCACACUUCUUCUUCUUCUUCCUCGCCGUCUGACAUGCACUUGACUGGACAGUGGCUGAAAUCAUGGCUCUCCAUCUUCAUCGGCCGCCUGCACGUCACUGAGGAGGAGGAGGAGGAGGAGGAGGGAGGCUGUCUGUAGGGAGGAGGAGGAGGACUGUGGCUUUGGGACUUCGUGACAUUUGUUUGCCUUUGAGUCACAGCGGACCUGAUGAUGAUGGAGACCUCGUUUUACCUGCUCGCCCUCGUGCUCGCUCGGGUCUGCUCGGGUCUGGGAUAUUCGGAGUCCAGUGUGCAGGGCGGUCAGAGAGCAGCGAGCAGACACAGGAACUGGUGCGCUUAUGUGGUGACACGCACUGUUAGCUGUGUGAUGGAGGACGGGGUGGAGACGUACAUCAAACCGGACUACCAGCGCUGUACCUGGGGACAGUGUCCUAGAGUUGCCUACCGGACAUACAGGAGGCCAAGGUACAAGGUAGCUUACAAGAUGGUGACAGAAAUGGAGUGGAAGUGUUGCCAUGGUUACUCAGGAGAAGACUGCCGUGAGGGGCCACAGGUGACGACCAACACUCAGGUCAACGGAGGACGACCUCGUGUCACGCAGACGGGCUUCAACACGGGAGGCGGGCAGAGAGGAGAAGGUGACAGUGAGAAGAUCAAACAGCUGGAGGAGACGAUCCGCGGCCUGACCAAAGACCUCCACAACGUGCAGACCACCAUUCACGGCAUAAACCAGAGGCUACCUGGUCUGAAUGGUGCGCUUGUUCCUGCUGAUUCAGCUCAGCCACACAUGAAGGACACCAUCAACAACAUCCAGAACAAGCUGGACCACCUGUAUAACAGGACGCAGGUCCAUGAUCAGACCCUGCUCACCAUCAACAACCACCUGGUGAACGGUGGCAGCAAUGAACUGGACGGAGUGGCCGGAGGAGGAGGAUCUGUGGGGAACCAGCUGAACACACUGAAGGAGGAGAUACUGACGGAGCUGGAGAGGAGGGUGACCUUGUCCUGCUCGGCCUGUCAGGCUGGUGUGGAGGACCUGAAGCGUCAGCAGCAAGAUGACAGGGAGAGGAUCACAGCCCUGGAGAAGAUGGUCGGCUCCAUUGACCAGCAGUUGAGGCAGAGCUUGGACAUUUCACGCAGUGAGACUGAACGCUCCCAGACCUGCUGCAAAACCAUCACAGAGCUGGAAAAGAAGCUGUUAAAUGUCGAGGUCAGAGUCACCUCCACUGCUAACAAAUGUGAAACCAUUAAAGGCCGUCUGGAUAAGGAGCUUGUUGGGACAGGUGGAGGAAAGGGACGAGUGACGGAGGACAGGUUGAAUGGCAGACUGAGAGAGUUGGAGAAGAGGUUGAACAACACCGUGAGGAAGACAGAGCAGAGGUGUACCAAUAGCGGGAACAACUUGAAGGACACUGUGCAGAGAGACGUCACACAGCUGCGUAACAUGGUCCUCACUCAGCUGGAUGACCACAGCUUUAAGAUAGGGAAAAUGGAGCUGGACGUGGCCGUUCUCGGAGACACGGUUAGAGAUCACAGUCGACGUUUAGGUCAGCUGGAGAACAUCACAUUCUUCUUGGACAGUAGGUUGACGUCAACAACAAAGAUGUGCAAUGAGUCCUGCGGGCCUAAUGGAAAAGGUCGUAAGACUGAUGACACUCUGAAAACGCUGGAGUGGAGAGUCGUAGCCAAUCAAGGCGAGAUCCAGAAGUUUAACACCAAGUUGAAUGAUUUGUCCAUGUCCGGAGAUUCUCUGAGUGACAAAGUCAUCAACUUAACGGAUGAUGUCAAAAAGAUUAUAUCUGUGACAGGGAAAAACGGUGAGCACUUUAACCGGAUUGUCACCGAGAUCGAAACGUUGGUCAGCAAUUUUGAGGAAUGUUCUAUUUGCAGCUCUAUAAAGGACGAUUUGAGCUCACUUACAAACUCCACCGCCAUCGGUCUGGGCAGGUGCCAGGCAGAGCUGACCGAUCUGCGCAGGAAAGUGGACUCGGGAGAAUCUGUCUGCUCUCAGGUGUGCUCCAACCUGCAGGAGGAAGUCGGGCGGCUCAGAGAGGAAGUGGAGGAGUGCACAGGACAGUGUAAAAACAACAUAAAUGACCUGAAGAAGCGUCUGGAUGGCCACACUGUGCACAACGGAAGAUUAGGAGGGGAUCUGAAGUCCAUCCAAGGAGAGCUGGCUGGGGUCACGUUCACGUUUAACUCCAUUAAUGACACUCUGAAAGGCCUGGGAAGGACUGUACAAACACAUGGGAACAUGUUAACUGAUCUGACCGACAACAAGGACGACAUUAUUUCUGAGGUGAACAACUUGCAGAAGGAGCUGACAGAUCAUGUUGAUGACUCUGGGAUUCGAUUCGGCGGCCUGGGCAAAGAGAUCCAAAUAAUAAGGAGCAACUAUGAGACGGAGGUGGGGGAGUGCAGGCGGUCCAGCGACGGCCUGGACCGAAGACUCUCCAAGCUGGAGGGAGUGUGCGGACGAUUUGACACGUUUUCCGACAGCCUGGAGAGGAUCAAGGAGGGCUUGAACCGACAUGUGUCUGGGCUGUGGAGCUGUGUUAAUGGACUCAACGUCACGGUAACAUCUCACGGAGAUCUUAUCGACGAUAUCCAGAACGUACAGCUGUGGGACGUCCACACCAAGAUACACACGCUGAAUUCCUCUGUCUUGGAUUUGGCCAGGGAGUUCCACAGUUUCAUAGAACAGGACUUCAUGGGUCCACCCGGUCUGCCAGGACACCGUGGAGAGAGAGGUGAGCGUGGACUCCAGGGUGUUGUAGGACCCCAAGGAAGGGUGGGACCCGCAGGCAAAGAAGGCAGGCAGGGGCCAUUGGGACCCCCAGGUCUCAGAGGUGAACAGGGUCCUGCAGGGUCUGAUGCCCACGUGCCACGCCUCUCCUUCUCUGCCGCACUGACUCGUCCAAUGAGAAGCCCAGGAACAAUUGUGUUUAAUGAGAUCUUUGCCAAUGAAGAUAAUAUCUACAAUCCCCAAACAGGUUAUUUCACAGCUCCAGUGAAAGGGAAGUACUUCUUCAGUGGCAUUCUUACGGGCCACAAGAACAUGAAGAUCGAGGCCGUGUUGUCCAAGUCCAACAUCGGCGUGGCCCGAGUGGACUCAGCUGGCUAUCAGCCCGAGGGCCUGGAGAAACCCAUGGCAGAGGCCAAACACAUUCCUGGAGCCCUGGCCGUCUUCAACGUCAUCCUGCCCAUGGAGGCCGGCGACACGGUCUGCAUCGAUCUCGUCACCGGGAAGCUGGCCUACUCCUCCGAACCUCUGACCAUCUUUAGUGGGAUGCUGCUGUACGAGACCGUCUGAUUGGAUCUGGUUUCCUUAUGAUGAGUCGGGCCGGGUGAAACUUUCCGUACACAAGCAUUUGGUUUGUCUGAUGAACUCUAAGAGACAGAGCCAGAGACUGAGCAGUCAAGACUGCAAGACUGAAAUAACCGGACUGGAUUUAUUCAGCGAGAAAAUAGAAGAUAUACUUUACACUUAACAUUAUGUGCUAAGAAAGAAGGAAAACCCAUUUUCAAACAAUAAUUUGGGUUUUGUGUGUAACAGCUUUAAGGAAAACUGUUUGUGCGAGGAGCAAUUGUGUGUUUUUGCUAUUUGACACAUAGUUUCUUCAGAAAAAGCCCCCGCAGGGUUAUCAUAUAAUUGCAUACUUCUAUAAACUUGAAUUCUUCACUGAUAACACAAAGAUAGCCUUUCAUGUCUUACUGGUGUAAUUGAAAGGCAAUUUGACAAAAACGAUAUAGGACAGAGGAUGUGUGUUGUUUGUUUGGUUAUCCACCCACCACAUAUCAAAUGUUCAGAGGUUAUUACACUUUUUUUUUCUGUAUCUAGCGUAAUCUUCUUUUCUUUCCAUUUUGCUCACAGUUUCGUUUUGACCGCAAGCAAAUUCCCAGAAACAUAAUGGUGAAUAGUAAUUGUCUUGGAGAGCAUUCAGAGUGAUGUAGGCGGCGCUGGGCACAGUCCAAACCACUAUUCUUUGGAGGGAAAAUCACAAAUGAAGUCACCAACAGUUCAGACGGGAAACCACAGGAUUUAAAAAAUCAUAGCUCAGCAAGACAAUAAGACCAUUUUAGGACAGACAGAAGGAGCAUGGCCAGAGGGAAGAGUGGGGAUUUUUUGUCUCUUACCUAAUAAGGGCCAUCUAAACUUGCUGGAGGAUCAAGUAGUUGAACUUAUGAGUCUGUCUUACAAUGGAAUUUCUAUGUAAUCCAAACAAUAACAAAUAAUGAAGCUACACAUGCAGUUGUCUCUAUGCUACAAAUCCCAACUCUUUCAUGGUGCACACUCGUCCUGCGUCUAAUUAAAAUGCCUCCAGAGGAAAAUAUGUGCAUGAUAUUAAGUUUGUAGAUAUUCUUGAAUGGAUUUUUUUAAGGAACAAUGCAGCAGAUUGGGCCCCAUAUUGCAUUAUAUUUAUAUUAAGGUGAAUGUAACACAUUAAUUCACAUACUUUGACAAAGAAAAAUCAGUGUUAAGAGUGGAAAUGUAUUUUUGUGUCUCUCGACAUUGUAUAACCGUGAAGGAAUGUAAAUAUUUGGCUCUUAUAAGAUUUUUAUGAAUUACCACUUCACUUUGCCAGGUACUGUACAUGUUUUGUAUGUUGUUGCCACGUGUGCCUCAAAUACAGAUACCCAGUUUUACACA